AUGUUUCAUAAAGCCUUGGUUCUCCUAGUUCUCAUCAACUACUUGACGCAAAUCGAUAUUUCUUUCGCACAAUAUUCUCAGUAUCAGCAGUCUCAUGAUUCUCCUGACAGUUACCUCAGACCCCACAACGCAGCUCGAGCGGCGGUCAAAGUCAAGCCUCUAAGAUGGGACUUCGGUCUAGCCACUGUGGCUCAAGACUACGCAAACCAACUAGCCGCCGGUUCAUGCAGUCUCGAACAUUCCGCUGGACCAUAUGGUGAGAACCUUGCAUUGGGCAGCGGAGACAUGUCGCCGGCUCAGGCGGUUGCAAUGUGGGUAGAUGAGAAGGCGUAUUAUGAUUAUUACUCAAACUCGUGCCACGGUCAGGAUUGUGGACACUACACGCAGGUUGUGUGGCGUGGCUCAGCUCGGCUCGGUUGUGGUAAGGCCAAUUGCGGUAAUGGUGCAAGUAUUGUUGUGUGUAACUAUGACCCUUCUGGUAAUUAUAUUGGAACUAAACCAUAUUGA